CUUGCUGUGCGAUAACAUUCUACAGUACUAGGUAUUACAGGUCAAUAUUGUCUUGCAUUAUCCCCAGUUGCGGAAAAGAUAACGCCCUGGCUUGCAUCCACUGCCAGAUCUCCAGGCUCAGAACGCCCCUUGACUGCAACAAAGAUGGCGCCGCCUUCUCUCAAGUCAUCACAACCCCUGGUUGCCAGGCACACGCUCUGCGGCGCGCGGGGACAGGCGUGCGAUCAGACGCGCCUGCCGCGGGGGCGCGCGCGCCCGCGUGCGCGUUUAACGGUUCCUCAGUGGGCUGGGAGCGAGCCCGCGGCUGCAGAUAUGUUUUCGGUGGUUGAGCUAAAAUAUUUUGGAGAUCAACGAGCAACAUUUAAAAUCUUAAAGCCGUGGUGGGAUGUUUUCACAGAUUACUUAACCAUUUUGAUGCUUAUGGUUGCAGUUUAUGGAGGCACGUUACAGAUAUCAACAGACAAGAUCAUCUGUGUACCUGUGCCGGAAGGUUUCUUGAUGACUACCAUGCAAUGGAACAAAAGUGCUCUUAAAGGUCGUAAAUUAAAUAGUUUCCAUUCUGGAUUUAAGACUGACCUAGACCGUGAACAGUACAAUUUAAUGGAUCAGUAUUGUUAUGAUCAUGCAAUCCAGUGGUAUUCCAAGUAUUUCCCUUACAUUGCUAUCAUUCACACACUUAUAUUCUUGAUAAGCAGUAACUUCUGGUUCAAAUUUCCAGGAACAAGUUCCAAAAUUGAACACUUCAUAUCAAUCCUAGGGAAAUGUUUAGAUUCCCAGUGGACCACUAAGGCACUUUCAGAAACUGUUUAUGAGGAUUCUGAUCUACAGAUUCCACAAAGAACAGUUUUAUCAAAUGAACCAUCUAUACCUUGCUCUUUAAACCAUCAACAAUCUUCUGAAACGGCCCUCUUGUUGGGAGACAAAGAAAUCAGUAACAACAAAAUCUGUGAGAAUGAACCGCAAGCCUCUCUGUGCAAGCCUCCAUCUAAGACUUUCAAGACAGUUGGGGGCGGUGUUUAUGGCCAUGCCGCAGUGAAAAUCUUGGACAAAAAAGAAGGAGAACAAGCAAAGGCGUUGUUUGAAAAGGUCAAAAAGUUUCGUCUUCACACUGAAGAAGGUCAUAUUCUUUAUAUGAUGUACAUAAGACAAACUGUUUUACGUUGCGUUCAAACAAUUUUCAUCCUAGCUUACUUCGUAACUCGGAUACCUCAAAUGAAACAUAUUGUCCACUGUGUAGACAAAAUUCAUAUUACAGGCUUCACAGAAUUUUUCUGCAUCCAUGGCCUUUGGAGGAUAUUCAGGAUGUUGUCCAUUGUGUAUGUCGUGGUUAUCUUCAUUUAUUUUAUAACGUGCAUCUACACAUUGUACUGGAUUUUUUACUUCAAACUUAAGGAAUAUUCUUUUGCAUAUGUCCGAGAAGAAACUGGGAUUGAUGAUAUUCCAGAUGUGAAGAAUGACUUUGCAUUUUUGCUGCACCUUAUUGACCAGUAUGAUAAAUUGUAUGCCAGGAAGUUUGCCGUCUUUCUCUCUGACGUCAGUGAAAACAAGCUCCGCCAACUGAACUUGAGUUACGAAUGGACACAUGAGAAGCUUCAGCAACGUAUAGUUACUAAUGAAGACAAUAAAAUUGAAUUGCAUCUCUUCUUGCUGCCUGGUAUUCCUAACAGUGUUUAUGAUAUUUAUAACCUGGAAGUAUUAAAGCUUGAAUUUAUUAAAGACAUCUCAAUUAGUGCAGCCAUCUCACAGCAAACCUCACUUCAAGAACUGUGGGUGUACAACUGUACAAUAAAAGUAGAAAACCGAGCACUUGCAUUUUUAAAAGAUACAAUAACCAUUUUGAGAGUACGGUUUGCAAAUGCUUAUGAAAUACCACAAUGGAUGUAUUGCCUUAAGAAUCUUCGUGUAUUGUAUCUUGAAGGCAACUUGUUAAUUGACAACAAAUCUUCUCUAGUCCUGCAGUCAUUUUGUGACUUAGAACGGCUUAGAUCUUUACAUUUAAAAUCAAAUGUCACCAAAAUACCUGCAGCAGUCAUUGAUGUUGCCCACCAUCUUCAGCACCUAACUAUUGACAAUCAGGGCAAAAGGUUCACCACUCUCAAUAGCCUUCGAAAGAUGCUUUGCUUGUCCGUUUUAAAACUAUACAGCUGUGAUCUGGAGCAAAUCCCAAGUGCCAUAUUUAGCCUGAGCAAUCUCCAAGAAUUAGAUCUCAAAGACAACAACUUGAGGACCUUAGAAGAGUUGGCUAGUUUCCAACAUCUUCGCAAACUCACCACGUUGAAGCUUCAUUACAACAAAAUUGCACAGAUUCCAGUGUACAUUGCCAAAGCUAGCUCACUUGAAAUGCUGUAUUUAACAAACAACAACAUUAGUUUUCUUCCAUCCAAUCUGUUUAAGCUCACUAGGCUACAGCAUCUGGAUGUUGGUCAUAACAACAUUACACGCAUUCCUCCUGAGAUAGAACGACUGGCGGAUCUUCAUUACUUCAAUAUUGAGAGUAACCAAGUGUCUGAAUUACCCUUGGAAUUGUUUUAUUGUACAAAGCUUCGAGUGCUAAUACUUUCACAUAAUCUUUUGACAUACAUUCCACCCAAGGUGAAAAAUCUGAUACAGCUGCGACAGCUAGAGCUAAAAGGGAACAAACUGCAGUAUUUGCCACCUGAACUGGGGAAGUGUCAGUGUCUGAAGGGAAAUCAGCUGAAUGUGGAAGAGGAUGUUUUCAACACGCUGCCAUAUGAAGUCAGAGAAGAAUUUAUAAACAGAGAAUCUAAGUGAACUGCAAAUAUAUUUCAAUACUGUCUUUAAAAGGGCUGCCACAGUGGCAUAGCAGUUAAAGCAACACUAUUACAGCUCAGGGCAUUGGAGUACAGAGUGUCUGUAAGAAGUUUGUAUGCCUUCCCCGUGAACGCGUGAGUUUCCUUAAAGUGCACCGGUUUUCUCCUAUAUUCCAAAGACGUACCAGUUAGUAGAUUAAUUGGCCAUUUUAACUUUCCUGUGAUUAAGCCAGGGUUAAAUAGGUGGGUUGCUGGGUGGUGUGGCUCAAUGGGCUGGAAGGACCCCUUUCUUGUUGUAUUUCUAAAUAAAUAAACAAUCAAUUUUGGAGCAUUUUAUAACAUCGGGUGUGUAUAGUGUUCAAAUAUAUCCUUGUGUUUUAAAAAAUUCACCCAGGAUAAUUUUUCAAACUACUACUUAAAUUUACUUGUACUUUUAUUGCAGUUAGAUACACAUCUCAAAACGUAAAAAUGCUCACAAAAAAAGCUGCCGAGCAUGGAGGGGAGUAUUUAGAAGAGAUUGUAUUCCUCGAAAAAGCUGAGAAUUGCCAAUAUAUGCAUUUAAGGCAAGGAUUCUCAAAAGGGGUUCCGCGAGAGAUUGUGAUUUAAAAAAAAGCAUCAGUUUUUGAACCGCGCAAUGCUAGUGCUCACAGUGGUGGGUAGUGGCUGAGCAGCCCUGUUAGCGAUCUCAUUCGAGGUCUUUCAGCCCAGUGUGUGGCAGCAUGCAGCUGGACCAUGUUUAUUUGGAUUAGGCCAUUCUCAGUUUUUGAUGCGAGAUAGGGGAGACCAACAUUAAUACUGUACUGCACAGAGAGGAAGACGGUAGGUUGAUGAGGAGCACUGAACUGCACAGAGGGGAGGAUAGUAGGCUGAUGAGGUGCACUGUAUUGCAUGGAGGGUUGGACGGUGGACUGAUAAUUGGGGAGAGCUAUAUUGCAUGGAGGGUUGGACGGUGGACUGAUAAUUGGGGAGAGCUGUAUUGCAUGGAGGGGUGGACAGUGGGCUGAUAAUUGGUGAGAGCUGUAUUGCAUGGAGGGAUGGACGGUGGGCUGAUAAUUGGCGAGAGCUGUAUUGCAUGGAGGGGUGGACGGUGGGCUGAUAAUUGGUGAGAGCUGUAUUGCAUGGAGGGGUGGACGGUGGGCUGAUAAUUGGUGAGAGCUGUAUUGCAUGGAGGGGUGGACGGUGGGCUGAUAAUUGGCGAGAGCUGUAUUGCAUGGAGGGGUGGUCGGUGGACUGAUAAUUGGCGAGAGCUAUAUUGCACGGAAGGGUGAAUGGUGGGCUGAUAAUUGGCAAGAGCUGUAUUGCACGGAGGGGUGGACAGUAGGCUGCUGAGUGUGAAGUGUGUUUUCUGAUCAUUGAAUUGACUCGCCCAACUUGGGCUGUGAAGUCAGUCCCUCCCUCCUGAAUUACCUCCCCAACUUCCCUGACGCACAGAGUGAACAAAUUCUGCUGGCGUAGUAGAAAACCGGAGGGAAAUUUUCAUUCUAAAGGGAUAUUCACGUGCUGCG